AUAUUUGAUGCCAGCAUGGUCUUGUUCAACAAGUCUGCCAAUCACCAAAUAAGAGGUUUCGCCUUGGCCACCAUUGCAUGGAUAAUGUGCAGCACAUCUAUGGGCCUUCCAGAAUGGCGAGUUUGGUAUUUGGAGGAACCCAUAGUUUCCUCCCCAAGCAUGGCUUUUAUAGGUAUGUGGAGGGCCUGUAUCUGCCACCACAUUGACAACUCUAGUCACCAGCAAGCUUGCCAUCACUACACCUACCGUGAUGCCCUUGUUCCUUUGGAUAUUCGGCUGGCUCAACAUCUGCUCCUAGUUGCAAACAUUAUUGGUCUGGUUGGGACAGUUUGUGCUGUUUUUGCUCUACAGCAGUUGUACACCGAGAGGGUGCAGAAGAAUGAUGACUACAAUCCAUUUGUUCUUUCAGCUGUUCUCAACGCUGUUGCUAGCACCUUUAUUUUUCUUGCUGUUAUGUGUAAUUACUUCUCUGUGCCCAGCAAGGAGGGGGUGUGUUUCCUGCCUUCUUUUCAAAUGCCACUUUUUCCAUAUGCUCAAAGAGCAGGACGUGCCAUGGGAGUGGCAAGCGUAUCUGCCAUACUGUUUUUGUUAAGUGCUAUCAUUUUUAUUUCUUAUUGUCCUUCAAUGGAAAAGGAUAGCCUUCCUCUUGUCUGA